CUACGACGUAGUAGCCGGAAAGAAUGUGGUGUCCAUAAGCUGCAACGUGUAGACAUACACGGGAACAGGAAGAAAUGAAGUGGAGAUGAGGUUUGAAGAUGAAGUUGAAGAUUGAAGCAACGAGUGCAAAGCAAAAAGAAAAAGUCAAAAGCAGAGAAGCAAAAUCCCAGACUUUAAUUCUUUUCCCUUUUCUUUUAUUUUUCUUUUCACGAUGCUAUGGAGACCGAACCAAAGCGGAACCAGAGACCGUGGCGGGGAAAGGUUUCCAUUAUAUAGAGCCGGUCAAGGGGAAGUGGUGGUCGUGCAGUGACGAUUUGUCCAUGACUAUUGCACCAUGGGGUCUCAUUCCCAGGUACGCCCAUUUAGGGUCACACGGGGUGGAUUUUUUAAUAUUAUUUGUUCUUUUUUAGUUAUAUUAUUUGAUGUUUCUCCCUUUUUUGUCAGUACUAUUAAUUCAUUCGUUUCUUGGCUACUCCACCGCAGCAGUUCAACUGGAUAUCCAUCGUGGAUCGAGAUGGAGACGAUGGACCUUUUUUGUCCUUUCUUUUUUCUU